AUGCGCAACAUGAAGCCACUGGGAAGACCCUUGAUCAGGACGCUGGCCGCGGCGGUUGCCCGGCGGCUGCCGCACGCGGCGAACGCACGCGCGUUCUCCACCGCCAAAAUAUCCCCGGCCGAAAUGUCCAAGAUACUGCAGAGCAGAAUCGCUGGAUGGGACAAGCACAAGGACGUCGUCGACGUGGGCCACGUCAUCACCGUCGGUGAUGGUAUUGCCCGUGUCUACGGCCUCAAGGACGUCAAGAUGGGAGAGCUGGUCGUGUUCUCCAGCGGCGUGUCGGGAAUGGCGCUCAACCUGGAAUCCGACAACGUCGGUGUCGUCAUUUUCGGUGACGACAGGUCGAUCCUGGAGGGCGACAACGUCAGCCGCACCAACCGUAUCAUCGACGUGCCGGUGGGACCCGAGCUGCUCGGCCGCGUGCUCGACGCCCUGGGCAACCCCAUCGACGGCAAGGGCCCUGUUGAGGCCAAGCUCAGGAACAGGAUCGAGGUGCCUGCGCCCGGUAUCAUCGACAGGCGUAGCGUGCACGAGCCCAUGACCACGGGUAUCAAGUGCGUGGACUCCCUGGUGCCAAUCGGAAGGGGCCAGCGUGAGCUCAUCAUCGGCGACAGGCAGACCGGCAAAACUGCCCUCGCGGUCGACACCAUUCUCAACCAGAAGCAGCUGAAUGACGCCAAGGACGAGAAGGACCGCGUCUACUGUGUAUACGUCGCCAUCGGGCAGAAGCGCUCGACUGUGGCGCGCAUCAUGAAGACCCUGGAGGACAAGGACGCGCUCAAGUACACGACCAUCGUCGCGGCCACUGCGUCCGACUCGGCGCCGCUCCAGUUCCUGGCGCCCUUCGCUGGUUGCGCCAUGGGAGAGUGGUUCAGGAACUCCGGCAGGCACGCCGUCAUCAUCUACGACGAUCUGUCCAAGCAGGCCACCGCCUACAGGCAGAUGUCGCUGCUGCUGAGGAGGCCGCCAGGAAGGGAAGCCUACCCGGGUGACAUCUUCUACCUGCACAGCCGUCUCCUCGAGAGGGCGGCCAAGCUCUCGGACAAGAACGGCGGCGGCAGCCUCACUGCCCUGCCCAUCAUCGAAACGCAGGCCGGAGAUGUGUCCGCGUACAUUCCCACCAACGUCAUCUCCAUCACGGAUGGCCAGAUCUUCCUCGAGAGCGAGCUGUUCUACAAGGGUAUCAGGCCGGCCAUCAACGUGGGUCUUUCUGUCUCCCGUGUCGGGUCCGCGGCGCAGAUUAAGGCCAUGAAGCAGGUCUCUGGUACCAUGAAACUCGACCUUGCGCAGUUCAGGGAAGUCGCCGCCUUCGCUCAGUUCGGGUCCGACCUCGACGCUUCCACGCAGAAGUUGCUUACCAGGGGUACCCUGCUCACGGAGCUGCUCAAGCAGCCGCAGUACGUCCCCAUGAGGAUCCCGCUCCAGGUGUGCGUCAUUUACGGAGGUGUCAAGGGUCUCCUCGACUCCAUUGACCCCAAGGACGUCUCCAAGUUCGAGGCGCUGUUCAUCGACCACCUCCUUUCCUCGCACCAGGACCUCCUCAAGACCAUAGAGACGGAAGGCCAGCUGUCCCCGGAGACCGAAGCCAAGCUGAGGCAGACGGUGGAGAACUUUGUCGCCACCGCCGACGUCCGCAAGAUCUGA